AUGUUAGCAGAAGGAUCGAGUUAUAUGAAUGAAACUACAAAUAACAAUUUGUACGCAAUAGCCAUCAUUAUUGCAGCAUGCUUUGUCCUAAUAGCGUUGAUUCUAUCGUCUGUUACAAUUGUUCAACAUCUCAAGUUUUAUACCAAUCCCGAGGAGCAAAAAUGGAUUGUGGCAGUUCUUUUUAUGGUACCUGUCUAUGCCAGUGAGUCGCUUCUUUCCUUGUGGAAUCCGAAGUUUUAUCUCGCUUGUGACAUCUUAAGAAGUUGCUAUGAAGCAUUUGCUCUUUACUCCUUUGGGAGUUACUUGAUUGCCUGUCUUGGAGGCGAAAGAAAAGUUGUUGAAUUACUAGAAAGUGAGAAAGAAAAACUGCUAAAGAAGCCGUUGUUAGAUGGGAAGGAUGUGAGAUCAGAUUUGAAUAGAACAUCUAUAUGCAAGUUCUUCAGACAACCACGUGUCCUUGGGGAAGGAUUGUUACAAAUAGAGAAAUUUGGACUAGUUCAAUAUAUGAUUUUAAAGACCUUUUGUUCUUUUUUGGAAAUGGUAUUGGCGCUUUGUGGUGUAUACGGUGAUGGUGAGUUCAAGUGGUACUACGGGUACCCCUAUAUCACAGUGGUUAUAAAUUUCAGUCAAAUGUGGGCUCUAUACUGCCUCGUGAAGUUCUACUAUGUGACUCACGAAAGACUUCAACCAAUAAGACCACUAGCAAAAUUUAUCAGUUUUAAAGCCAUUGUUUUUGCGACUUGGUGGCAAGGAGUUGGCAUUGCAUUGUUAUGUUACUUUAAAGUUCUGCCUAACCAGGGAAGAUUCCAGACCGAAUUGCAAGACUUUCUAAUCUGUAUUGAGAUGGCAAUUGCAGCUGUUGCCCAUGUUUUUGUGUUCUCUGCAAAACAAUAUCAUUUUUUGUCCGCAUCAGAGUAUGCGAAAGUAUCUACCCAUGCGAUAAAAGAAGUUGUGAAAGUAGAGGAAAGCGGUGAAGAAAAACCGACUGUGAUUGAAAAGAGGGAAACAAAGGUUGAGGCUCCUGGAACAAGUGUCACAGAGAGCGUUCAGGAGAUAGUCAUUGAAGGUGGUCAACAUAUUGUUGAUGAUGUUAAACUUACUUUAAAUCAAGCAAUUGAACCUGUCGGGAAAGGCAUGACAAAGAUUCAAGAGACAAUCCACCAUCUAUCUGUUGGUAAUGAUGAUAAUAAAUCAGAAGUUGAAGUUGAUGAAUAUGAACAAGAUGUUACAAGAAUCAACCCUGACGGUUCGAUGCAUGAUGAUAAUGAAAAAUUCCAAGUAAGAAUCGAGAAAGAGGAACAAAGUUACAAAAGAUGAAACUGUUUGACCAGAUAAAGUUCAGA